AUGCCUUCACGUAGUGAGGCUGCGAAGUCACAGGAGCAUAGCCCAGAAGGUGCAAAUGGCUCCAGAACUUCCUCCGGUACCUUGAACGAACAGAGAGAGAACCACGAAGAGAAUGAUCGGAGCAAGCAAGAAGAUGAUCAAGGUCAGGAAGAGAAAGGACAAUCAGGACCACCGCCCCCAGUCGGCUUCUUCGACAAGAGACUUCACGCGACAAGAAUCGAUGUGGCGAAGAAAUAUGUGUUGACGACAAUAAUACUGAUGGUCUUUAUCCUUUGCGUCCUCUCCCUCUAUUGGGCAGUGCUAUUCCGUGUCGAAGAGAACAUGUCCGCACUCACAGCUAUAGUGGUCGACUUCGAUGGUCAAUCGGCUCCUUAUCAGAACGUGCAGCCAAUAGUUGGACCAGCUCUUACACAAGCUGCUAGGCAGACUAGAAUGCCAACAGGGACCAUCGGAUGGGAAGUGAUGAACCCAGCUAGGUUCAAUUUCGACCCGAUUGCUGUGCGCCAGUACAUAUAUGAUGAGCAUGCUUGGGUCGCAGUGAUAAUCAACAACAACGCUACAGCACUCCUUCGGGCCGCUGUACAGACAGGCAACGUCUCAUACGAUCCGCUUGGUGCGGCUCAGAUCGUCUACGUACAGGCCAGAGACGAAACGACAUAUGCCAACUAUAUCCUCCCGCAGGUCCAGCAAUUCCAGACAAUGGUCACGACUAUGGUUGGUAGCCAGUGGACUUCUCAGGUGCUCGGCGACGCCUCUCUCAACCCAGCGACUUACAGUACUGUUCCUCAAGCACUGUCACCUGCGAUCGGUUUCUCCACGUUCAACCUCCGACCAUUUUUGCCGACUACUGCGACGCCAGCAGUCACGAUUGGCCUGAUCUAUCUCAUCAUUCUAGCAUUCUUCAGUUUCGGCUUUUACCUGCCGAUUUAUUCGCAAUUUGUCAUUCCGAAGGGUCAUCCACCCAUGCAUUUCUGGGAGUUGAUGCUCUGGAGACUGGGGAUGGUCAUACUCACAUAUUUCUUCCUCAGCUUGGCAUAUUCGCUCGUCUCUCUGUCGUUUCAGAUUCCAUUCUCGAACACCUUUCCACACAACGACGUCACAGUUGCGAAUAUUCCAAAUGCAUACGGCAAAGGUACAUUCGUGGUAUACUGGAUGCUCAACUGGACGGGCAUGGCAGCCCUCGGUCUCGCUUCCGAGAACGUAACUAUGCUAAUAGGACAACCGUGGACAGCCCUCUGGCUCAUCUUCUGGGUCAUCACUAACGUCAGCACAUCCUUUUACGCCAUCCCCCUCGAGCCCGGCUUCUUCAAAUGGGGCUACGCCUGGCCCCUCCACAACAUCGUCGAAGCUUCCCGGACCAUUCUCUUCGACACUCACAGCAGAAUCGGCUUGAAUUUUGGAGUUCUGUUUGCCUGGGUCGGGAUUAAUAUUAUUGUCUUUUUCCCGGCUGCGGUGUUCUUUAGGUGGAAGAAUACCAAGGAGCAGAUGAAGCAGGUGCCGAGGAGUAAUUUGCAAUGGUUGCUGGAUGGGUAG